AUGAGGAUCAAGACGUCGCUAUCGCCGCAGCUAUGUCCGCAGCUGCGGUAUCCGCCCUUUGACUUGAGCGGGUGUACCACCAUCGAUGAAGAGAUGGUGUUGCAAGUGGCGCUUGAGGACCCCACAUACCAGUCGCUGGUUUCAAGAGUGUGCAGCGGCGACUGGCGGCCCCACAAGUCACAGGAGCUCGCCUGCUUACGCCCCUUUUACAGCGUACGGGACAGACUGGCAGUGUCCCGUGGCCUAGUCACCUAUACCUAUGACCAGGGAUGUGUGCGACUCGUCAUCCCUGAUGUUCUACGUCAACGAGUAGCCACCAGUCUUCAUGCCAGCCAUCAAGGCCUCGACUCCAUGCUGAGGAGGGCCAGGCAAACAGUGUAUUGGCCUGGGAUAGAGGGUGAUCUGCAGCAUCAUCGGGCCAUGUGCAACACCUGUGACGCCAACGCGCCUUCACAACCGCCUGAGCCCCUUAUCCUCACGCCAUCUCCCGAUUACCCCUUCCAGCAGACGGUGGCAGACUUAUUCCAACUGGGAGGUCAAACUUACCUGGUAUACGCUGACAGACUCACGGGGUGGCUGGAGGUGGCGCAUCUACCCUCGGGUGCCCAUUCCGGUAAAAUCAUGAAGCACCUGAGGCACUUCUUCACCAGAUGGGGGGCCCCAGAGCAGCUCUCUACUGAUGGAGGUACAAACCUAGUGAGUGGGGAAAUGACUGCAUUCCUCAAGAGGUGGGGAGUCGCGACCCGUCUCUCAUCCGCUCAGUACCCCCAAUCUAAUGGCCGCGCCGAGGCGGCCGUGAAGACAGCCAAGAGGAUGUUGCGAGACAACACGGGGACCAGCGGCAGCCUAGACAACGACAAAGUGUCGCUGGCUCUCCUCCAAUACCUCAACACCCCGCUGCGGGGGGUAAACAUGUCCCCCGCACAGUUAACGACAGGAAGACAGCUGAGAGACGGAGUCCCCACAGCCAAGCAGAACUACAAGGUCAAGCAAGACUGGCAGCAGACCCUGGAAGAGAGGGAGACUCAGAUGGCGCAGCGUCACGAGGAAAUACGCCAACAGAGCCCGGGCCAGCGCCGUCGACGACGUCGUCUGCAGCCAGGAGCCCGUGUGUGGGUUCAAGACCAGACUAGCAAGGUAUGGAGCAAGUCUGGUACCGUCGUCGAGGUCCACCCUUACCGCCAGUACGCGGUAAGAAUGGACGGGAGUGGUCGCAUAUCCAUACGCACGCGCGGCCACUUGAAAGAGGCCCCACCACAGCAAGAGCCGCCCGCCUCACCGCGAGAGCCGCUCGCCCCGGUAGGAACACUCGAGCCGCAACCACUCACACCAGAAGCACCUUCACCCCCGCCGCCACGACGGCCAAGGCACAGGGUUCGACCGAGGUGA